AUGGCAGACGAAAAGAUUGGAAUUGCCAAGGAUGUUACUGAAUUGAUUGGUAAAACCCCAUUGGUAUUUCUCAACCAUGUUGCGGAUGGUUGUGUUGCACGUAUUGCGGCCAAGCUUGAAAUGAUGGAGCCAUGCUCUAGUGUUAAAGACAGGAUUGGUUAUAGUAUGAUUGCAGAUGCUGAGGAAAAGGGCCUUAUCAAACCAGGAGAGAGUGUACUCAUUGAGCCAACGAGUGGUAACACUGGCAUAGGCUUGGCAUUCAUGGCAGCAGCUAAGGGUUACAAACUUAUCAUUACAAUGCCAGCUUCGAUGAGUCUUGAAAGAAGAAUUAUUCUCCGUGCUUUUGGUGCUGAGUUGGUGCUCACAGAUCCAGCUAAGGGAAUGAUAGGUGCGGUUCGAAAAGCAGAAGAGAUAUUGGCUAAGACACCCAAUGCCUAUAUACUUCAGCAGUUUGAAAACCCUGCCAACCCAAAGAUACAUUAUGAAACCACUGGACCGGAGAUCUGGAAAGGUUCAAAUGGGAAAAUUGAUGCAUUUGUUUCUGGUAUUGGUACGGGGGGUACAAUAACCGGAGCAGGCCAAUUCCUUAAAGAGCAGAAUCCUGACAUAAAGCUGUAUGGUGUGGAACCAGCUGAAAGUCAUGUUUUAACUGGAGGAAAGCCUGUCAUUAUAUCUAUUCAUGGAACACGUGAUAAUCUAAUGGUUCUUACUCGUGAGAUCCUUGGGCUUAUUUUAUUGAAUCAUCGUGGUUCGACUAUGAAUUUGAGGUUUAAUGGAUUAAUAGGGUCUUAA